AUAUUGAAAACAAAGAACCAUUGCUCUCUAGAUUAAAAGCUUCUCUCUCUCUUUUGGACUUUCUCAAUCCAUAUCUCUCUCUUUGUUUUUCUAAUUUAAAGUCUCCUCUUUCUGUUUAUGAGAUUUCAAGCGAAGAAGCUCAAUUAUGUUUACAACAUUGUUCUAAUUUCAAAACUUCAUAAGAAUUUCUCUGAUAAUAAAGAAUAAGAGUUGAAAUUUUGUUGGUGUCAUCAUGAAGAGACUAAGCAGCUCAGAUUCAAUGUGUGGUCUAAUCUCCACUUCUACAGACUCAUUUGGUUACAACAACAGAGGAACAGAGUCCAAGAGGGUACGGAAGUAAUUACCAAUCUAUGCUUGAAGGUUACGAUGAAGAUACUACACUAAUGGAGGAAUAUUCCGGCAACCACCACCACAUGGGUCUAUCGGAGAAGAAGAGAAGAUUAAAAGUUGACCAAGUCAAAGCUCUUGAGAAGAAUUUCGAACUUGAGAACAAACUCGAGCCCGAGAGGAAAACGAAACUAGCACAAGAGCUUGGACUUCAACCUCGUCAAGUAGCGGUUUGGUUUCAGAACCGUCGUGCACGGUGGAAAACAAAACAGCUUGAGAAAGAUUACGGCGUUCUUAAGAGCCAAUACGAUUCUCUCCGCCACAAUUUCGAUUCUCUCCGCCGUGACAACGAUUGUCUUCUCCAAGAGAUUAGUAAAAUCAAAGCUAAGAUAAACGGAGAAGAAGAUAACAACAACAACAACAACAACAACAACAAAGUUGCGACGGAGAGCGUUAAGGAAGAAGAAUUUCACAAGACGAAUUCAAUUCCGUCGUCUCCUCUGCAGUUUCUAGAACAUUCCUCUGGUUUUAACUACCGGCGAAGCUUCACCGACCUCCGUGACCUUCUACCGAAUUCCACCGUUGUCGAGGCUGGAUCUUCCGAUAGUUGCGAUUCAAGCGCUGUUCUUAACGACGAAACGAGCUCCGACAACGGAAGAUUGACGCCGCCCGUGACGGUAACCGGCGGGAGUUUCUUACAGUUUGUGAAAACGGAGCAAACAGAGGAUCACGACGAUUUUCUAAGCGGUGAAGAAGCUUGUGGUUUCUUCUCCGAUGAACAACCUCCGUCACUUCAUUGGUACUCUGCUUCGGAUCAUUGGACUUGAGAGAUUGAAUGAUCUAAGUUGUGCUCUGUUUUACUCUAUGUGGAAAAACAGAACAGAGGGCAAAAGUGGAAUUAUCAAUAAAUAAGGAUUAUUAAAUUAACUCAGCGGGAGAAGUUAAUUUGGGUUUAAGAUUGUAAUGGCUCUUAGUGUAAUUAACGAUCGAGAGGGGCUUUCACAGAAAUAGGAGUUAAUAUGGGGACGCUGAUGAAAGCAAUAAAACUACGUUUGCCCCCUCAAGUCCAAAUUGUAUUCCAAAUGUUACCUCUAAACAUUCCACUUGACUAA